AUGGCGGUAGGAAACAAGACCGAACGAAGCGAGAAAAAGAAGCUCAGGCGGAACCGUGAUUAUGGUUUGCUGCCGAAAUGCUACAAGUAUGGGAGGUUGAACGGAGUCGAGCUGUUUCUUGGCAUCAGGUACACGGAAAAGAACGAACUUUACACAUAUUCAUCGCGGAAACACUUGCCCUGGUUAAAUAAUAUUUAUGGAGCUCCCAAUGCUACGAACCUUUUACCUCAGGAUGUGGGUGAAAAGCAGACUCGUGGCAAGAAAGACCUCACCGAUGAUCGGAGCAAAGAAAGCACAAAAGACACAGAUGACCAAAAGCUUUCAUUCCCUGACCUUCCGAUGUUCAAUUUGAGCGUCCUUACUGAAAAGUCUCAACCGCACCUCGUUCUGCAAUGCAAAUUGAUUGGUUCUUAUGGACUCCGUCGCAUUCUGCUCAUCGCGCUUUCAACUUCCAGCGUCCUGAAUACGGAGACACUCAUCUUCGCCAUAUCACGAGAGCAAAAUACGAGUAUCGAGGUGAAGUCGCAAGUCGCUCCGGGCUACUUCAACCAUGUCUAUGUGAUUCAAACGGACACGGGCAAGCUAUGGGCAAGCUAUGGUGUCUUCGUAUACUAG